AUGCCCAACAACAUGAACGGACGCCCUGUUCAAGAGGCUCAUAUAGAUGGAAAUGAAUCAUCUGAUACAAUUGAAACAUCCAGCAGUGUCACUGUUGGGCUGAUGGAGAGGGAGAUCAGGGACCAAAUCAUGGCCCUUCGGGAUAACAGGACGAAUGAAUUUGAGCAACAGCUCUAUAUCGAACCCUACACUGCUAUAGAAGCGCAAGAGGAAGGAACCGAAGGAGAAACCGAUUCGCAUACGGCUCCUGUAGAAGAAGUUCAGCGCCGUCACGGUUCGGUUAUCGACGUGACAUCUAUCCCCGCCCCUCUCGAAAAGGCUCUCGCCAAGAUCAGAUUGGCAGGAGUGCCAAAGGGCAAAGUUCUCCGCUGGCCGGUGACUUUGGCCCAAUGGCGAAGCGACGAAUUUGUCGCGGACGCUGUCGAGGAUCUAGAGUUCUUUCUAGAUUUGUUCAGACUGCGCUUGGAAACCCUUCGCAAUGGAGCAGUUAAGAGAGAUCCUAAGCUUCGCGCUGCAUUGUGGCGCGCUGAGAUGAACGCUUUGGAUUCUCCUCUCCUAAAGAGGCCGCGGCGUGAAUGA